UAACUCUUUCUACUCCUUUGUCUUACCUGUGAUUUCUGGAACGCCUCACCCUCACUCGUGAAUCGGAUCGUAGGGUUUUAAAAGAUUUUGUGGUUAUAUAUUUCGUAGAGAAAUUGUCAAUGGGAGCUAGUCGGAAACUGCAGGGUGAGAUAGACCGAGUGCUGAAGAAGGUUCAAGAGGGUGUGGAUGUUUUUGAUAGCAUUUGGAAUAAGGUCUACGACACGGAUAAUGCAAAUCAAAAGGAAAAAUUUGAAGCGGAUUUGAAGAAAGAGAUAAAGAAGUUGCAGAGGUACCGAGACCAGAUCAAGACAUGGAUACAGUCCAGUGAAAUUAAAGAUAAGAAGGUAAGUGCCUCCUAUGAGCAGGCUCUGAUUGAUGCUAGAAAGCAAAUUGAACGCGAAAUGGAAAGGUUUAAAAUAUGCGAAAAAGAAACUAAGACAAAAGCAUUCUCUAAAGAAGGCCUUGGUCAGCAACCUAAAACGGAUCCAAAAGAAAAGGCUAAAUCGGAGACAAGAGAAUGGCUUAAUAAUGUGGUCAGCGUACUGGAAAAUCAAAUUGAUAGCUAUGAAGCUGAAAUAGAGGGGCUUUCUGUUAAGAAAGGGAAGACAAGACCGCCGAGACUGACUCAUUUGGAGACAUCCAUUGCUCGUCAUAAAGCUCAUAUCAUGAAGUUAGAAUUAAUUCUGAGGCUUUUGGAUAAUGAUGAACUGAGUCCAGAGCAAGUCAACGAUGUAAAGGAUUUCUUGGAUGACUAUGUGGAAAGAAAUCAGGAGGCCUUUGAUGAAUUUAGCGAUGUAGAUGAACUUUACAGCUCCUUACCAUUAGACAAGGUUGAGGCUCUUGAAGAAUUAGUUACUAUUGGGCCUCCUGGCCUCAUGAAGGGUGUUGGUGCUUCUAAUACAGUUUUAAGCAUGAAAACUUCUUUGGCUGCUGCACCUGCCCAAGCUCCUCCAACUACUUCUGUCUCCAUCCAUGUUACUUCGACGCACAGUCAAGUAGAUGAAACAGCUUUUCAGGACAAUGUCGUUGCGAGAACCCCUCCCCCCAAGAGCGGUGCUAUCAGUAGUUCUGUACCACAAUCGACUACAGCAGGCCAUGCAACUACUGGCAUGACAGUCGCUGCUGGUUCGUCAUCUCCGCUCACUGCAUCAAGUGUUGCAAAAGAAGAGGAGAGUGCAAACUCUCCUGGUCCGAAAGUGUCACCAGCACCUACAGAAAGUGGAAUAAGGACUGCAGGUAGAGGAGGCACCUUGCCUGCUCAACCUACUUCUGGCCUCCUUGGCUCUGGCAACACAACCCCCAGCAAUGGUUCCCUUGGUGCCAUUCCUUUGGUUCCUGAAAUUGUGAAAAAAGCUACUUUGGGUUCUGAUGAUCGAUCGAGUGGUAAUGGUAUGGUACAAUCUCUUGUUUCCCCCUUGAGUAAUAAAGUGCUCUUACUGCCACAAUCUGCCAAAGCUAGUGAAGGUCUGGCAUCAGCCGAGACUGUAAGUGUUAGUGAUACUGCAGUUAUGGGAAACAGAGUUUUCAGUUCACCUAUGGUUCCUGGUACACAGUGGAGGCCUGGAAGUCCCUUCCAAAGCCAGAAUGAACAAGGACAGUUUCGUGGAAGAGCUGAGAUUGCCCCUGAUCAAAGGGAGAAGUUUCUACAACGAUUUCAGCAGGUGCAGCAGCAGCAGCAGCAAAGUCAGGCUAAUCUUCUUGGUAUGCCACUUACUGGAGGGAAGCAGUACAGUUCACAGCAGCAGAGCAUUCUGUUACCACAGAAUCCUCAGUUCAAUGUUCAAAGUUCAUCUAUCUCUCCUCAACUUGCAUUGGGGAUUGGAGUUCAAGCUUCAGGUGUUACUUCAUCUGCUUCACUGCAGCAGCAACCAAAUGCCAUUCAGUCAUCUAAUCAUCAGCCAACUGUAACUUCAACCUCAAAGGAUGCUGAAACAGGCCAGGCAAAUUUUGAAGAUAUGCAGCAGAAACAAUCACUUGUAGAAGAUCCAUUAGCAGAUUUCGGUUCAAACACAGGAACUGGGAAAAGCAUUGUGCAAGAGGAUGACUUGAAAGCUUCUUACACAUUAGAUUCUGUGGCUGCAUCUGCUUCUGGCUCGCUUACUGAGCCUUCACAAGUGAUUAGGGAGACUGACCUAUCUCCAGGUCAACUUUUGCAAUCAUCAUCAUCUUCUGGAAGCCUUGGUGUUAUUGGCCGAAGAAGUGUUUCAGACCUUGGUGCUAUUGGAGAUAACAUUAGUGCUCUAACUGCAAAUUCAGGAGGAAUGCAUGAUCAAGUAUACAAUUUGCAGAUGCUUGAGGCUGCUUAUUAUAAACUUCCUCAACCCAGAGAUUCUGAACGUGCAAAAACAUAUACUCCAAGACAUCCUGCUGUCACAAUUCCUAGCUAUCCUCAAGUCCAGGCUCCUAUUGUUAAUAAUCCCGCCUUUUGGGAGCGGCUUGGUGCAGAUACUUAUGGAACUGAUGCUUUAUUUUUUUCGUUUUACUACCAACAGAAUACUUACCAGCAAUAUCUGGCGGCUAAGGAAUUGAAAAAACAGUCAUGGAGAUACCACCGGAAAUAUAACACAUGGUUCCAGCGCCAUGAGGAGCCCAAAGUUGCCACAGAGGAUUUUGAACAAGGAACAUACGUUUACUUUGAUUUCCAUAUCACCAAUGAUGAGCAACAUGGAUGGUGUCAGAGAAUUAAGACAGAAUUCACUUUUGAAUACAGCUAUCUUGAAGAUGAACUAAUGGUGUAAAAUUUAUCUCUCAGCAUGUUUAUUUUGUUUGUCUUUCUAGUUUGAUAUGAGAUAAACUUACAGAAUGCUUGCUACGGUAGGUGUUCUUUUUCUUGUAUAUGUGAACUUUAUUCUGUCAAUUUAGUGAAAAUUUCCUGUC